CUUCUGCACAACAAGCACGCACCCUGAAUCUGUAGAGGCGAGAUGCCUCGAGAAGCUGAGAUAUCGCUCAAUGAGCGGGAGUUUAUCAAGCAAGCGCUGCAGGAGCAAAUUCGGCUCGAUGGGCGCGCUUUCGACGCAUUUCGUCCGCUUGAGCUCACAUUUGGAGACGAGUAUGGCGUCGCGGACGUGCAAUUAGGCAAAACAAGGGUCAUUGCUCGAAUAUCAGUAGAUGUUACGACACCAUUGCCCGAGCGCAAGUUUGACGGCAUAUUCCAAAUAGUCACCGAGUUCUCACCCAUGGCUUCUCCAGCAUUCGAAGUUGGUCGACCUACAGACGCAGAGGUUAUCCUCUCCCGGAUACUGGAGAAGUCGAUUCGUCGCUCGAACGCCCUGGACACGGAAUCGCUCUGCAUCAUCGCUGGCCUUAAAUGCUUUGCUCUUCGCGCCGAUGUACAUAUUAUCGAUCAUGAUGGGGGGUUGAUAGAUGCUGCGUGCAUUGCCGUCAUGGCCGCAUUGCAACACUUCCGACGACCAGACGUACUUGUAGAGGGAGAGAAGGCGACAAUUCUCAGCGUCCGCGAGCGCGAACCUAUACCUUUGUCGAUCCUACACCAGCCACUUUGUGUAACUUUCUCAUACUUCGAAGACGAAGUGUUCUUGGUAGACGCGAACUUGGCCGAAGAGCAGGUUCGCCAGGGAGAGGUGAUUCUCACGAUGAAUAAGCAUGGUGAGGUAUGCCAGAUUGCCAAGUAUGGAGGAGCGACGAUAAAUCCACUGGCCUUGUUAAAUUGCACCAACGUCGCGUUACAAAAGGUCAAGGAGAUGACCACGUUCAUUCAGAAAAGACUUGAGAAGGAUGCCAAGAAGAGGGAUGCAGGAGGGUUGCUGGCGGAGCUGAGUGCUGAGAAUGCGAGAUGAGCAUUUGCAAGGAGUACAACGACCUUACGAUAGACAGCGAGUCUGGACCUACACGACCGUCCGCGAUGCUCCGCGUUGGCUACAUGCAUCCCGCAAAGCGUCGUCCGCGAGGCUAAGCAACCCGAUAAGGAAAGCUUAGCAAAUAACGGAGUACCCAUAUGGUGCGUCAACAGCCGGACCAUUAGCUUGCGAAGAGCUACGACCAGGGCGGAGGCCUCAGCCAGUUGGGAAAUGCAAAUACCUGCUGCAUUCAACAGUAUCUAUGCAGGAGCGCAGGACGUAGUGAGAAUUUAGGCGGUGCGCAAUAGUGGCUUGGAUGAAUAAUCACGAAUAAUAGAC